GAUUCAUCGGCAGACGUUCGAGUGCACAUUCGUGAGGUAGGAACAGGAAGGAUGCUACAACCGGACGAGGCACCAAAGGCUGAGGAGGUAGAUGCGUGGCUUGAGACACACCCCGGCUACGAGGUGAAUUUGGGACGUUGGCAGUUUUGA